AUGAAUUGUCAUCAGAUCCUGAGUGGUGCCUGCAAUGCUGGCGAUCGGUGUUUUGCUGUUGGAUCCGUCGAGGGAGUCCCAUUCACUGCAUACGCGGCCGGUUGCAAUAUUGUCGUGCUAGCGAGCAACUUCGAGCGCGUGCAAAUUAUCCCGGGCGCCGUUCACAACUAUAUCCGUAUAUCGGCCCUGGACACGAGCACCGAUACGGGCAAGAUAGCGGCCGCGUACGAGGACAAGGUGUGCAUCUUCGAACCGACGCCCCUCAUCCACACCGACCGCUCGUCUACGCACGGCUUGGAGUACAAAUGGGUGCAGACAGGAAGUUUGCAGGCCGCGUCCCACAUUAGCUCGCUCUCGUGGAACCUCGAAGGAACGCGCCUGCUGACCGGUGGCACAGUAUUACAACUUUGGCACGAGCGGCUCUCGAAGGAUGAGGAUGAACCGACCUCGGUCAAGUUUGAGAUUGGCGGAUCGGAGCGGGACCCAAAAACGCCCACCGGAGAAGAGGAAUCGGAUAGCAGUUCCUGGGACUGUGUGUGGAAGUGUCACACCGCCACACCGGUCCACCAUAUGGCGUUUAGUCCGGAUGGUACACUGUUCGCCACCUCCGGCAAGAGCGACCGGUUGGUGAAGGUCUGGUACGAGAACAAGCACAUUCUGUUUCCGAACAAAAGCUUCGAUCAGACACAAUCGCAGAGCAGCUUUAUCGGGGCACCGGAAGUGAGCUAUGGGUUCGUGUACGUGGCCCAUCCGCGUGCCGUGACGCACAUCUCGUGGCGCAAAACGAGUAAGUACAUGCCGAAGGGAUCGGUCUCGAACAUGCUGGUCACGUCCUGCCUGGACAACAUCUGCCGCAUCUGGGUCGAGACGGUGCUGCCGGACGAUGGGCUGGUGAACAUGAACCAGUUCGAUCCGCUUGCGUCGCAAAAUCCAAAGUUCCGUACCCAUCGCCACAAGCACCGGUUUAUGCAGCGCCUGAAGCACAUGAAAACGUGUUUCCACAUCCGCCGGCACGCGAAGCACGGUGGUGGCGGUGGGCCAGCGAACGGAUUGAACGGAAUCGGGGCCGGAUUCGGGGGGCCCGGUGCCAGUAGCUGCUCGGUGGCGGGAUUCGGUAACGCCCCGAUACCGACGCUGCCGUCCACGUACAGUGUGCACGACUUUCACUCGUACGGCUACCACGGAACGGGAAUGACGCCCGGGUUGCACUUUCACCUGGCCGCUUCGAUCAACGCCGAAACGGACAUCCCGCUCGUGCCGUCCAUGCACACGACCGAUCCGGCCACGCAACCCAACUUUAUCCUGCACUGGCUGAACAACAAGGAGAUGCACUUCACGCCCCAGGCCGAGGGCAUUCUGCAGGAGAUCACCCGCAAGGUGAUCGAAAAGGAGGAUCAACAGCACCACCACCAGCAGCAGCAGCAGCAGCAGAAUGUGUCCGCCAGCAACAGCGAGGGUGGCGUGGAACCGGCUGGUGGCGGAGGAACCGGUCUGGAGGAGGGAUCGGACGAUCGUCGCGCCGGCUCGAAGCACCAGCUGCGCAGUGGCCUGUCGCAGGAGGAAAGCAAUAGCAACAGCGACGACGGCCAACAUCCGGGGAACCGUUCGCACUCGAUCGGGGCCGGUUCGCUGGCGGGUGGCCUUUCGAACACGACCUCCAUCAAUUCGCUGGCAAACGAUGGUGGCCACCAUCAGAACCACCAUCUGCACGUGACGGACUCGCUGGACAUGAAGAUCGAGUGUUUGCUGCGCGACUGGCACCACAGCCCGGAUCUGCUGUUCUCGAUCCACCCGAUCGACGGGAGCUACCUGAUCUGGGUGGUCGAGUGGCUGGACGAGUACCAUCCGGGUUCGUUCCGUCAGGCGCAGGUGUCCUUCUCGACGCGUAUCCCAUCGGCGUUCCCGCUCGGGGACGCAAUGUCAAUGUCAACGACCGUGGCGCUCUACAAUACGGGCGGGAAUCUUGGCUUUCGCGAUAUGAUUAUGCGCGGACCGAAAUCGUCCAGCUGUGGAAACGGUGGUACGGCGAGUGCCUGCCAGCACCAGGCACUGGAUGUGAUCAGUGACGUUGGCGUUACGUCGCUCCCGAGUGUGCUGGAGGAGAAUGAAGCCGACGAAGGUACGGCGGCCACCGGUGGUGAAGCGGGUGCUGAUGCCGACGGGGAAGAGGGAACGGGUCCCCUGGCCGAAAAUGGCGCUGGUGGCGAGAGGGACGCGCAGGGAGAUCCGCUGGAGCAGAUGGACAUACUGACCGCACCGCCGUCACCGACCAUCUCCAUGGUAACGAAGCACUCGAACGGAACGCUAAACCUGUGGCAGCUGACAUUCGCCGAUCGGAGCAAGUUUUCGCAGGUCCUCAGCAUUGGCCACGCAUCGCGUGCCUCCGGGCACCGGUUUCGCGUGAACGACAUCACGUGCCACCCGGUACUGCCGCUUCUGUUGACCACCUCGCAUCACAACAUCCCCGACAUUCCGUCACCGAGCAAAUCGUCGGCGGCGGCGGCGACCCCGGGACGACCGAAGGAUGUGUUCGUGCCGUCCGGUUUCUGCUCCGAGUUGAUUCUGUGGCGUGUCGAUGCCGUCGGUCCGCUCUCGCAGUCGGGCGGUGUCAGUGAACUGGCACGCAUCAAUUCACCGGAAAUUUCCGCCUUCAGCAACGUUGCCUGGAUACCGACACUGUUGCCCAGCACGACGCUUGGUCCGCUGAGCAACUCACCCUCGGCCUGCUUCGUCGCGAGCGAUGGUGAGUGUUUGCGCGUCUACCAAGCGGUGAUCGACGCACGCACCCUACUGGCCGAAAUAUCCAGUUCCGAGCGUCGUUGCCGGCGCAUGGACUCGCUCAUGUCGCUGUCGACGGAAUCGUCGGAAAGCCACGGCGGUAUGCUGCUUCCACCGACACUGCACGAUCGUUUCAAGAUCGUUUCGCAGCAAUCGACGGCCCGGCCCGGGUGUAUCAUUCAGCUCGAUGCGAUCGACGAUGCGACGCACGAUUGGCAGAACACGCAGUUUCUGCACGUGUUCCAGGAGCAACUGAUUACGGGCGAACGGAUCGAGACGGUGGACCCGUUUGGCGGCGGCGGCACGGCGACCACGAUGAGCGUCGAUCCGGUGGCGUCUCUGGGUGAUCCGAUGAAACCCACGAUCGGACUGAUGGACGGUGGCAUGGGUGCGAUGGUGGAUUUGCAGCGGAACGCACAGUUCGAGCAACCAUUCUACCUGGUGGUCCUGGAGCGCACCAACAACGGAACGACGCUGCACAUGUGGCGCAUCGUGAUCGCUUCACAGCCGGCCGCGGCCGACGAUAUGAGCAGCAGCAUGAUCUACGUCCCCGACAGCAAUCUGGUGCAGGAUUUGGAUGAUCCCGAAAACCUGCACCGCCCUUCGGUGGUGCUGGAUGACGCGGCGAGAGGCCCCGGUGCCGCUGGCCACCACCAGCAUCAGCAGCGGGGAACGGCAACCGGUGCCGCGGAACAUGCUUCACACGUUAACAUUUCGACGACGAAAGUGUGCACACAGGAACUGCCGCUCCCGGACGGUGUCGAUGUGAUACAUGCGGCCCCAGCGGCCGGCCACCUCAGCUCGUCCUCCAUCUAUCCGGCCUGCUUCGCACCGUACAUUAUCGUGACGGCGUGUUCCGACUCGACCGUACGCUUCUGGAAGUGUAAAACGACGAACCGUCGGGCCGGUGAGGAACCGACGGCGGCCACCCGGUACGAGUGGUGCGAGUGGGAAAUGAUCCGCAAGGAUCAGGAAUCGACCAUCGACGUGAGCGGUCAGCUGCUGCACAUCAGUGCCGCGUACUCGGGCCGGAUUGCGUGCGCCUACAAGUACGGCAAAUCGUUUACCCGGCCGACCAAGAGCAGCGAUCCGGAGUCACGGUUCGUCAAUCUGAGCGUCGCGAUUUACGAGUGCGAAUCGACCGGGGGCAGCGAGUGGGUGCUGGAGGACACGAUCCACCUGAAGAACAUUCAUCUGCCGCGCAUCCAGAUGGACCACAACCUGGACCUGAGCUAUCUGUACGAUACGCGGACGCUGCAGAAGAAGCAGCGGCUUAACCAGGUGCUCCAGACGCUGUCCCACGACGAUGGCCGCUCACCGCGCUCGGUCAACGGGGGUGACGUGACGCCGGAUUCGCUGACGAAACCGACGUCCGGGCCACCGGGAUUGCUGGCGGUGCCCAGUUUCAGUACGCUGCAGUCCCUGCGCAAAAGCAUCACCGAGCACGGUAACACGUGUCCGAUUACGCAAAAGCAUCUGGUCCAGCUCGACUGGGUCUCGAAGGAGGACGGUUCGCACAUCCUGACGGUGGCCGUCGGUAGCAAGAUACUGCUCUUCACGCCCGUCUGCAGCGAUCUGGCCCAGUCGAACAUGAAGGCCAUGAAGGAAUCACAGUCAACCAAUCGGCCGCUGCUGCGUAAAGCGAGUUCGUUGGCGCAGCCCCAUUUUAACGAUGAAAUUCGUUGGAUGAAACUGCGUCAGAUCGAACUAACGACGGCCGAUGGACUGCCACCGCUGCCGAUGCAAAUCUCGUGGGUGCGCGACGGUAUCUUCGUGGCCGGCAUGGACUCGGAAAUGCACGUCUACUCGCAGUGGAAACCGCAGAGCACCAGCCUGUACAAUGUGAGCCACGGGCCGAUGGUCGACAUUGACGAUCUGUACGAUACGCGCAACCUGAAGGACGAGGACCUGCGGUCGAUGGCGCAGGACAGCACGCAGCGCCGGUUGGCGAACGUUUCCUCGAUGCCCGUCCUGUCGCGCGUCAGUUCCAUCAACUUGAACCAGCUGAUGGCGAGCGAGUCGCAGAAGAAACGGAAACCCCAGGGCGGCGCUAGCACGAGCCAUCUGGCCAGCGUGACGGCGGAGCAGCCACAGUCGGGGUCGGCGGCGGCGGCGGCGGCUUCCGGUGGUCACGACUACAUGACGGACUACGGGCUGUUUGAGGCGUCCCGCAUCGCGUGCCCCGUCCUGCCACAGUACCACCCGAAGCAGCUGAUGGAGCUGCUCAACUCGGGCAAGAUCCGCUGGGUGAAGGCCAUCCUGGCGCACCUGGUGCGGUGCAUCAGUGGCUCGUACACGGUGCGCGGUUGUGGCGGGGACGAAGAAAGCCUCAACCGGCAGCGUGGUUGGUCUCGAUCGCGCACACUUUCCAUUAGCUGCCCGGCAGGCACCGUUAGUCCUCUUGAACCAAGGGGAUCGACGACACAGAUCCCGGAGGAGCUGACGCUAGACUACGCGGAAAUAACGUCAAUCCCGCCGCUACCACUGUGGACGCUGCUGGCAGCGGACAAAGAGUCCCGGGGAAGCAAUCUGCAGCAGAGCGACGAAGACUACAAUGAGCUGUUUGAGAGCAACAUUGCGGACGAAUCGUUGGACGAUCUGCUGGACGACGAGAGCGGUGGCGGCGGAGAGGUGAACCGACACACCGAUCGCCGUUCGUCGCUCCCGGAGAAACACUAUCUGUCGCACUUCGGGCCACGCCAGGGUCAGCUGCUGUCGCGGUUGCUCACGCACACCCACCUACCGGGGCUGUCGUCUCUGGACCAGAUGCAUCUGCUCGCGCUCGCCGAUACCGUGUCGACGUGCAACAUCGACUUUGCCGAGCGGUUCGCGAUCGAUGCCGCCAAAACGGCGAUCGCGAAGGAGAACCUAACGGGCGUGCCGAACACGGAGAGCGUGUCGACCGAUUCGCUCGACGACUGUGGGUUGCGGUUCCUGUUGGCCAUGAAGCACUACAACUACCUGCUCCGCUGCCUGCCCAUCUCGCAGCGCCAAUCGUUCCAGCGGCAGGGCGUCGGUACGGGUAACAUCGUCUGGGCGUUCCACUCCGAGAGCGAAGAGGAGCUGCUCAAUCUGAUCCCGUCGUACGUGAAGGGUCAACCGAAGUGGCACGUGCUGAAGGAACUCGGCGUAGGCUGGUGGUUGCGCAACAACACCCGCCUGCGGCAGUGCAUCGAGCGGCUAGCGAAGGCAUCGUUCCAGGCGAACCAGGACCCGCUCGAUGCGGCCAUCUACUAUAUGGCGAUGAAGAAAAAGUCCGUCGUGUGGGGACUGUACCGGUCGAAGCGGGACGAGAAGAUGACCUCGUUCUUCGCGAACAACUUCGCCGAAGAUCGGUGGCGUAAGGCGGCGCUCAAGAAUGCGUUUGCGCUGCUCGGCAAGCAGCGGUUCGAGCACGCCGUGGCCUUUUUCCUGCUGGCCAACUCGCUCAACGAUGCGCUCGAGGUGUGCUUGACGAAGCUGGAGGACCUGCAGCUGGCGCUCGUCAUCACGCGACUGUACGAGGGCGAGCACGAUGCUACGCCGCCCAGCUUCAAGCGGUUGCUGUACGAGGAGGUGCUGGGGUGUGAUCGGAACGGUGAAAAUCAGGACCUCUGCCGGGCGCACCCGGACCCGUUCCUGCGCUCGAUGGCCCUGUGGAUACUGAAGGACUACAGUGGCAGUCUGAGCACGCUGCUCGACAACCAGAUCGGCAGCAUGCACCCGCUGUUUGACGACGAACGGGCCGUGCUUGGCGGGGGCUCCGGGCACGAUCCGAGCCAUUCGACGAACCCGAAUGUGUUCAACUUCUACGUGUACCUUCGCACGCACCCGCUCCUGAUCCGCCAGCACAUUGCGCUGUCGGCGCAGGACAAAAAGCGGGCCCAGGUCGUUAUUGCUGGCUUCAGUUACGGUGCCGGCGGCGGCGGCGGUGGGGCCGAUACUAGCGCGACUGCAGCUGGCACGAUGGACAAACAGAUUCAGCUGGAGGACUCCAUUACGCCGCUCGAGCGGCAGCUUUACUUUACGACCGCACACGCACACUUCAAGGCCGGCUGUCCGGCGUUGGCGCUCGAGGUGCUGAGCAAACUGCCGACGAAGGUGAUCGAGCAGGAAGCGAACAGUACGGUGCAGAGUCCGGGUGCUGCUGGUCCGGGCGGUCCGGUCGGUGGUGGGGUGACGGACGCCAAGGACCAGAGUACACUGAUCGCGACGGGCAUACUGGACUGGAGCAAGAGCACCGCGGGAGGGGACAGUGGCCGCGAGACGGGCAAUUCGUUCGAUUGGGGCGCAAGCAGCACCAGCACGGCCAUGGACUGGGGAGCACCGGCUUCCGGGGGCGCGAUGAAUGGUGACGAUGAGUUUAAAAUCGUCUGGGAUGAUGACGCGGCCGCGGGUAGCGACGACGACGACGACGAUGAUGACGGUGGCAUUCAGAUCAAGAGCAGCGCAAACUGUGAACCGGACAACGAAGAACCGCCGGCGGAAGAGGGCGAAGCCGAUGCCAGUCCGGGCGGUAGCUUGGACAUUAUGGCGCAGCAGCUCAAGUUUAUCGCCUGCCUGAAGAUCCUGAUGGAGGAACUGUCGACGCUGGCGACCGGCUUCGAGGUGGACGGUGGUCAGCUGCGCUAUCAGCUGUACGUGUGGCUGGAGCGCGAGGUCGAAGCGCUGAAGCAGCUGUGUAACUACAGCACGGGCGAUUCGGAGAACACGGCGAUCGAAGACACGACGACGGCCGCGAUGGAUCCCGCGUUCGACCGGGACACGCCGGUACUGGCGAACAAGUUCCCGCACGACAAGCCGACCCUGCACGAGAUCCUGAUCCAGGAGAAGCAAGACUUCGAGGCGAAGGUACAGCGGGCGGCCAGGCGCAAGCGGUGGCUGAAGGCGAACGAAACGCUGCUCCGUACGCUGCUCAGCUACUGUUCGCUGCACGGGGCCAGCGGCGGUGGGUUGGCCUCGGUGCGUAUGGAACUGGUGCUGUUGCUGCAGGAGCUGCAGCAGGAGAAAACUCAACAGCAGCUACUGUCUCCGCUGCCGUUCCCCACCACGCUGCCGCUGCUGAGUGCUUGCGUGGCCGGCAACAAGACGGUGAUCGCGGACCCGCUCCGGUAUCUACAGUCGCACACGCACGAUAUGCUGCAGACGAUGGUCAGCAUGCGGAUGCCGCCGCACAUGAACCGCGCGUACAGCUUCCCGAGCGGUAUCUUCGUCCUGCGCGAUCUGGCCGUGGCGCUGUCGGCCUGCAUCUACCAGUCGCUGUGCGAUUCCGACACGUUCAGCGUGAAGCAAUCGGCGGCGGGUGCGGACGGUGCGGCUGGCCAGGGUUGCCACAGUCCGGGCAUGGAGACGAUCGCCAAACUGAACGCCAGCUGCCAGAGCACGCACCUGAUGGCGAACGCGGCCGCCCAUCAGCGGCGCCGCAAGUACUCGACCGAUGAGCCGCUGGCCGUCAGUACGCCGCCGUCCAAGUGGCCCGGCGUCACGAACCUGCGGGCCCUGUUGGCACGCGAGAAGGACGAAGAUACCCCGCGGCUGAACGUGCUGCUGUGCGAGUCAUUUGUGGCCGCCUACAUGGCACUGUUCGUGUACGCGCUGACCACGUGCGACAGUCACAUCCUGUACCGGUUGGCGGGUCAGAACUUUUCCGACGGCUCCUGGUCGACCCUGUUCGGUGGCGGCGUGAAGAAGCUGCUCCGCAAAGCCACAUCGCACGCACAGACGGCCCAGGCCGUGCAGGCGCAGCUGCAGCAGGAAAGCCUGGACGGAGCACCGGCCGGGAGCAACGAUUCGGGGACGAGCACCGGGGGCAGCACUACGACGGACGGCGGGAGCGUGUGGGGUGCCGUCACGUCGCUGACGAAGCAACGGGUCAAGCUGAAUAUGAAACUCCUCGGGCACUUUGCCGGGCCGCAGGGGGCAUCGAGCAUGAAGGAAGACAAACCGACGUACCGGGAGCAGUUUGUGCCGCCCGAGAUGUCGAUGGUUUCGUACUUCCUUACCAAGCCGAUCCCGCGCGGCAUCGGCAUGGACGAGGAGGAGUACGAUUCGGCCGACUCGGCCGUCUCCGAUCUGGACGAGGACGAGGACGACGAGGACGUGUUCAACGAUCCGCUCAACAACGACCCGAAGGCAUCGCAGGUGUCGGCCGCGGUGCGCAAACAUCGGCUGGAGAACAACGAGCACUCCAACCCGCACUCGUACUCGUGGAGCAUCAUGCGGUACGCGCUGAUACGGGUCGCCCAGAGCCAGCUGCAGUCGUUCAUUGCCGUGGCCGGCAUCGAAAUGCAAGAGCUUCCGGUGUGCAGUCCGCUGGUGCACGGUAUACUGCGGUCACUAUCCGCCUGGCAGGACCUGCUGAAAGACGAGCUGGAAAACCGUGGACCGGCGUCGGUCGAUUACAUUCCGGGCUGCUUCGUGGAAUCGGAAGCUAAGGGCCCCGCCAUACACAAGUACCGGUCGCUGCUGGAACGCUCCAACACGCCCUUCAGCCCGUGUCUAUCGGCUGCGGCCCCGGCCAAACGCCUAUGGAACUAUCUCGUGCGCAUCGAAGCGGUGCAAGAUAUCUUCAUCCGGGCCGUGUUUGGCAAGAAAAAGUCAUCGUCGGCCAGCAACGCGUACGAUCUCUCGUCCGGCGGCGGCGGCGGCGGUGGUGGUUCCAUCUCGGCUUCGCAGAACUACAACAUUCCAGAACCGGUGCGAAUCAUCCACAAGGACCAGGAACAGAUAUCGGCGUUCUGCCUGAACAUGGUCAAUCCCGGGCUGCUCGCGCUGGCCACACCGCGCGAAGUGCAGGAGAUGGACAUUUCGCUGCUGCUCGAGUCACCGAACUGGAUGGAGGACGAGUGCGAGAUGGACAUCAUGAACCUGUCGCGUGACAUCGAAUCGCUGCCGUCGAGCAGCUUUCUCGUCAUCCAGACCGCCACGGAUAAGCAUCUGUUGAACCACAAUAUUAGCAGUGCCCAAAAUUACGGUGCACCAUCUAGUCCUCAACCCGGAAUUGCUGGACAAUCAGGCCGUGGCGCUUCAGUGGUGCUCAAGCAUAAGGUGGACAACAUCAAGCGCAUGAGCGCACACCCGUUGAUGCCACUGUACCUUACCGGUGGUCAGGACGGUUCGGUGCAGAUGUGGGAAUGGGGCCACCAGCAGGUCGUCUGCACGCCCCGCUCGCCGGGCACGUUUGCGAAGGUAACACGGUGCCGGUUCUCGCAGCACGGCAACAAGUUUGGCAUCGCCGACGGUGACGGUAACCUAAGCCUCUGGCAGGUGGGACUGGCCAGCCAAAGCAAUCGUCCAUUUUUCACUUAUCAAUGCCAUAAUAAAGGAAUUACAGAUUUCGUGUUUCUCGGUUCGUGCAGUUUGGUGGCAACGGCCGGCCACAGCUCGGAGAGCAAAAAUGUAGCCAUUUGGGAUACGUUAUUGCCACAGAAAAAGGCUCUAGUGUCCGCCUUCACCUGCCACGAUCAGGGUGCCUCUAGUCUAGCGUACGCUCCGCAGCACCAGCUGCUGAUUUCGGCCGGCAAGAAGGGUGACGUAAACAUCUUCGAUGUACGCCAACGGGUCCUGCGCCACCGGUUCCAGGCUCAUGAACAUCCGAUCAAGUGCUUAGCCAUUGACCCGAACGAGGAACACUUUGUGACUGGCUCCGCGGACGGUGACAUCAAGGUAUGGGGCCUAACCGUACACACGCAGCUGUACAGCUUCAUGGGCGAUCACGCAAGAAGCAGCUUCUUCAAGCACAUUGGACAGGGAGUGACGCAGCUGCAGAUCGAUCAGGGUGGCCGCCUGUUCUCUUGCGGGGCCGAUGGUUCAAUGAAGGUUCGCCAGCUGCCUGACCGUGAAUCGAUCAUUCACUCGCUGUACUAGAGCGGCACCCAACGGCUGCGUAGAUGGUUAUUGAACGGACUGAACUGACUAAUGGAACGCAACAAAAGGUACCGUACCGAAGCAGAGCGUAGCUUAAACCUAUCGUUAACCCGUAUAGAGAACUCCAAUCUAUCAACUCAAGCAAAUACAUAUACAUAUUGCGUUGACCCGAAAGUGGGACCCGAUCGUGGUAGGACCCGAUUGCGGCUACCAAAUGUGCGUGUGCGUGCUACUCUCGGUUUGACUCGGUUUUUGGAAGCUUUUAACCAAUUACACAACCUUCACCAAAAAAGAUGUCUACGGUAAAUACCCGGCCUGUUUAACUUGUUCCGCCCCGUAACGAUUCGCUUGUUUCGUUUGGCGUUUGUUUCCAUUAAGUAUAGCGCGUUGAAAUUACAUGUUGGGACCGUGGGCAAAGAAACACAGAUGGCAGCAUGGCAAAGCAUGUGACUGAGGCUGGAUGACUAUAAGCAAAAGAUACUAUAUAUAUAUAUACAUCUAUAUAUACAACACGACGAUUGAUGGUGGGAGUAAUCGAAACGAGACGAAUGAGGAGGCGGACAGGAAAGUGAAGCAGUAUAUUAAAUUUACACCUAAACUCAUCGCAGACAAUACCCGUAUUGAUGCUUAACGAUAAGAUUGUAAUGUUAUACCAAAAAAAGCGGCAAAACACCGUCGGGGGGAGAACAGUGGACCGCUAAAGGAAGGCAGGCAACCCAUUUCCUCCGACAGCUGAACGACUACACAUGUGAUUGGCCAAGAUGUGAACGCAACGCGUGUAGACCGAUUCACUAGACCAUCGGAAACGGGACAACGCUAGACACGGCACUGCUCCCUAGCGUUGGACGAAGACAAUGAAUAAGACCUAGGGUCACUAUUAUGCUAUUUAUAUAGAACACUGUUACGUGAGACGGAACGAGGACGGAAGAUGAGGAAUAAAUUGAGGAGCAAGCAAACACGGCUAGCAAGCAAAUAAGCAAAGGGUAUGUAUAAAGUAUUAGGCUAAUUAGUUAGCACCAAUAUUCGACCGCGGAGCGUCGCGUAUUAUUCAAAUACAUUUCUUACGUCCUCCCGGUAGGCUUUUCCAAGAGACACACUUUCCGCUUGUUCCGUUGCGCUCCCGUGCCCUAGAUUAACAGUAACGGCACCCUCCCUACACUCACCACUGAGGAUUUCAUGGGGGAGGCGCUAUUAGAAUCUAUUUAAUCAAAAGCAGCAAGCAAGCAAGCAAUCAUUAGUGUGGCCCAGCGCGCAACCCAUUCCUGACUCUGUUAUUCCGCGCACAAUUGUUUACACGUUACACUCAGUCUUUCCACCUUAUUCCGGUUCUUUCGAGCUAACAACGAUCCUUAGGCCUCCUCUUGGUUUCUAUCCAAUUCCUUUGUGAGGGGUAAAAGAAAACGUAACAAAAACGUAUGUAUUACUGCAAUCCAACCUUUGAAACGAUUGAAUGUUCUAAUGAUGAGAUAAUAACGAAACACUACACAGCGCAUCUACACUCGUAAUCACACACACUCUACAGGACGCAUACGCAAAACGUGCCACACCAGAGUGGUUUCUUGUUAACUAACAAAACCUACUGUUAUCUUUAGACCCUAAGCCAUAAGCCACCAACCCUCGCCCCCCUAGUAUGUGUAGCUGGAAAAUGACCUGGGCACUCGCGGGCAAUAAUGAGUGUUGAGAGGAACGUGUUGUAAGCAUACAAUAAACGAAAUAUACAGACACAGACAGACACGCGAUCUAUUUAAAAGGGAUAAAUCAAUCAACCUAUAGCGGAAAACGGCCAACCAUUAGUCGCGAAAGGCCGAGUUCGGAAACAAGUUCGUACGAAGGAGUUAUAAACAUAUACAACACAACACGCAGACACACAAGCACUACAAUGCAAUGUAGGUUUUAAAGAGGUAUUAAAAGCCCGUGCCCUCCCUUCUUGUUGUUGUUAACUGAUGUGUAAGAUAUGAAGCAAACGAAACGCAAACGCAAACAAAACGCUCUGGUAUUCCUGAGUUUUGCCUUGUCAAUCCGUCUGUUCCCCGUUUGGGUUUUGUGGGGCAAUCCUGCUGGGGCUCUUUCCUUCCACUCAGCAGCGAUUGGAAACCUGGUCCAUUAUUAUUGGUUUUAGUGCUAGUUACAACGCUAGUUUAGCUGCUAUUGUUUAUUGCUUUUACAUUGCCUCUAGCUCUAGAGGCAGAUCGAUACCUUGAACCCGAAUUAUUCCACCACCUGGAAACUUCUAAUCUGUCUCAAGGCGCACAAUGCUCUUGAACUAUAAAAGAACUUUCUACGAGUGAGUGUCGAGGCGUUCGUUAGGCGCGAUAGGAGCGAUAAAAAAGCUUUUGCUGGUUUUCCGUAGUUAUGUACGUAUGCGUAUGCGAAAAGUAAAAUGUUUUCCCAUUUGUUUAUUUUAUUAGAGCCCCAUGUUUUAGUUUUUUGAAUUUAUUUAUUUACCAAUAAAUGUUCAUCGUUAUCACAAUAUAUGGUGAUAGGUUUUAGCUUUGAUUUGUUUUCAGCGAGAAAUCUAAACAAAUAACAAGUCAGUACCGC